AUGAAUCUAGAUACUAGUGAUACCACUGAGACUCGAAGAGUCGCCCAGAAUCCUAUAUCAGGCAAUUUUGAUCUGUUACCUCCGUUAAUUCCAGCGCCACAAGAUUUUGUAGGUGGAGACACUAUGGUGCCAAACAAACAAGACGCUCUUCUGCCCGCUGAGAACGACGAAGAUCAUUAUUUCAGAGGCUUAGAGUUGAUCCCUGGCUUUCCUUUCUGGGAAUUUCGAGGUGCUCCCCAAAAUGGCAAUAAUGGGAUGGAUUCCAAUACCACGUUUUAUCACACUGUAACUCAUAGCUUCCUCGACCUAAUCAAAAAUGCGCCUCCUGAGAUCCGUACUCAUAUCUUUGCUCAAAUAGCAACCAAGAGAGUAGCUGAAGAUGACAAUGUAGACCCGGAAGGAUAUAUUAAGAAGAGUGCCUAUUUUAUGCAAAAUUACCGCCUCCAGACGCGAAUCUCCAAUUUGCUCCCCAACGCGAGCUCGCCAGAUGAUGCUACUGAUGCGCAGCAAAAGCCAGAGUGUAGUGAUAUCCCGCACAUCCCGUCAAAGAAUAAACAUUUCAAGAGAAAUUUUAAAGUAAUGAUGAGCAUUAUUUGCGGCCAAAACAAGGAAAAGGAAUUGGGCAUGUCAUACCUUGAAAAUGACUAUCCAGUUCCAUCUGCUCGGUCUUACAUUGAUCUUGUACGCUUUAUCGCCACACUCGUACAUUCGGAGGGAUUCUACUACGAGGACAAUCCAAGCGAUUGGGGCCCUGGAAUUUGGAAGAGUGAGAUUAGGGAAACAAGCCUACUGGGAGAAUUUCUCGUCUGGUUUUGGAAAUACUUUGUCCUAGAUUCUACCAAUGAUCUCGAGGAUUGUUCCAGCUGGUUAGAGGUUAAUCAUCGACAGUUCUAUCACCUUCGAAACGUCUCGAUCGAUAUUUUGGCAUCACCUUAUGAGGGACCCGCUAGAAAACGAAUUAAGCGCAGUUUAGACGGCCGUCAGUUCAAGCGAUUUCUUAAAGGAUUCGACGAUCUCCCAAACAUCGAAGACCUCACUGUAUUUGUACAAAUACACGUUCAAGAUUUAAAGCAUCUUUUACAAAACCCUGGAUCUUAUGGAUGGGCAAAUGCGCUACGAGGGGUCACCUUUGCAAAAUAUUUCGAUGUGCGAUUGAAGGUCUUUGAUUUAGUGCCCAAAGACUAUCAGAGAGCUCCUAUGUCUAAAGCUGAAAAUAUACAGCUUGCGAUAUAUCGGCAGAGGUUGUGGCAGUUGCUUAUGCCUGAAGUCUUGUGCUCUGGAACUACUGAUGAUAUCCCGGAUCAUCUUGGUCUUUUCGAAAUGUUUACUAUGGAGGAAGACUAG